AUGCAGGCAGACCCCUCAAUGGCGCGGCCCCGCAUAGACAACGAGAUCCUGGCAGAGGCCGUGCGGCUGGGCUUUGACCGUGAUGACGUCAUCGAGUCCCUCAGGGCCCGCCGCCAGGACAAGGCGACGGUUGCUUACUACCUGUUAGCUGACAACCGCCGCCACGCGCCCAACAGCAGCUACCUGUCCGGGGAGAUGGUGGGUGACCUCGGUGGCCUGGACUUGGGUUUCGGGGUUUAA